CCUCGAAAUCCAAGUUACGGCUUUCAAUCAAAAAAUCCAACCACACACGUUUUCCAAGCACUCUCCCCUACAAAAUUCUCUCUUCCACAUUUGCAUUUCCGUAUUUCGCGUGAUCCAGUGUUUUCCACACCUUUUCUAAUCUUUUACGCCAUAUACGUGGCAAGAUCUUGAUCGCUCCCCUCUUUCUCCGUUCCGUAAAUCUAGACCUUCGGUUUUCGCUCUAACCAAAGGUCAUAUAAUCAUAUAUCCGCAUUUUUACUUCGUUCACAUUCACAUCCAGAUCUUCGUCUUGCUUCUUCUUCUUCUUCUUCACCUUUUCAAACCGCUUUCUACCAACUUUAAGCCCCUCAGAUCCGCAUUCCCUUAUACGUUGAAAUUUUUUCUCUUUCUUUCAAUUACUUUUCUGAUCCACAUUUUUGUCUGUUCGGCGUCCAAGUUUUUCCGUCAAUGGCGAAGAGAAUCGGACAAUUCUGCUUGGCUCUUCUUUUGCUUCUUUCGCUUGUUGAAUUCACCGUGUCUGUGGAUCCGCCGGAAAGCCCUCCGAGUCCCGCGCCUGAAAGCGGUGCCGAUGCGCCGUCAUCACUAUCUUCGGUUCCAACUGCCGGCGGUCCGUCUCCAGUUCAAGGACCGGUGUCUUCAUCGCCGCCGGCGCCGACUCCUGGAAAUGUUGCUCCAUCUUUGUCUCAUGCGCCUACUCCUUCUCCGGCCGACGAGAAAUCAGCGGUUCCGACACCUGAGCCAUCGACCGCCAGCGACAUCAACCACAGCGGCAUUAACUCCGACGAUGGUGAGAAGGAUAGCUCGUCCGGUGGAAUGAGUGGAGGAAAGAAGGCAGGGAUCGCAGUGGGAGUGAUCGCAGCUGCUUUCGUGGUUGGAUUUGGAGGUAUGUUGUAUAAGAAACGACAGGAGAAUAUUCGUCGUUCUCAGUACAGCUACACAGCCAGGAGAGAUAUACUCUGAAAUGGAUCUUCUUCGUUUCCAAAGAAAAAAAGAGAAAAGAAUUUGCUCAUAAUAGUCUAAUCGAUUCGAUUCACUUUAGAAAAGGUCACUAUAAAAUCAUCUUUUUCGGUUACUAUUAGUUUUUGUGUUCUCUGUCGUAUAUGUUGCUUUAUGGCCUUAUGAAAUUUCGAUGACGGUGAUUCAAUUUGAUUCUUAAUUCUUUUGA